UAUAAAACACUGAAGAAUGCAGAUAGGAAGCAAAGCUGAGAGAGCAAGACAGGACAAGCAAGUGCAUCAGAGGCUAUCAGACACCACUAGGGCCUUGUAUAAUGGGGAAGAUACCGAAAAGCAUUUUUUCCAUCUUUCGUAUUCUUGUUCUUCUAAUUGGCUUCUCCAUUAUUUGUUUGGGAGCCAUUUGCAUUUCCACAACCUCCUCAUUAUGCAAAUGUGGCAACAAUAUGCUUGUUGUUUAUACUCUGCUGCCCUUGGGUUUCUUUCUCCUUGUGACUGGAAUCUUUUGGAGCACAUACCAUGAAACCAGCAAGCACAAGAGCUUUUUCUACAACAUUAUCCAGAGAACUCCCUCCCAUAGAGAAAUACACAUCCACACCAUAGACAGACCCGAUUUCUAUCCUCCGUCCUAUGAAAAUAGCAUUGAUCCUGAAAAACAGAUUGUCUCACUACCAGCUUCCUCUUCUGUCACAGAAGAAGAGACCUACAACAUCCCGCCGCCUUUGUAUACUGAAAGCAGCACAGAAUUCAUAGACGAAAGUAACUAUGAGGAAGAACAGCCACCAUCAUAUGAAGUGUCUGUGCAGCAGGGGGAGCAGCAGCAGCAGCAAACAGGCGAGCACAACUCAGAUACAGAAGGGGUCUCAGGCACUUGUCAGGGACCCAUGCCAGGAACCGGUUACUAAUAAUAUGAACUGUCAAGAGACUUUAGAAAGAGCAAAGCACGUCAGCUAUUCUGAGACAAAGUCAGUGGAUAAGACACUGAAUGUGCAAAGUACUGCUGGAAAUAAUGCUACACACAACCGUAUUUAAGUACCAGGUUCAAGAGCCGCCUGUUCAGACAACACUGAAUAUGCAAUCUGUGUUCUGGUGGCAUUAAAAGGGUUGUUGGAGGAGGUUGUUUCCCAUAUUUUAAAAGAAGAACAAUGCUUUCUGGCCUUAAAAGGGUCUGCUAAUGAUAUUAAGUGCAACCCAUAACUGUUGAUUCAUGCCAGCGUCAUUGCAGCUUGUUUACAUAUUUCAGUAUUUAACAGGCUUACUGUGGCUGCACAAAGAAAUGUCAGUAAAAGAUUCCAUCACGUGAAGAACUGAAGCCCCUCGCUCCAGGCAGACUUGCAGAUCCAGGGCUCGUUUAGGGUUCUGGGUUCUUUCUAGAAGGCAAAAUGUUAAUCAAUAUAAAAAAUAUCCAUUAUAUCGAGGGAACCAACAGGCAAAAAAAGAUGUGCUUUGUGUUUCCUGAGCAGCUUGGAGGAGAUAUUUAUUCUUGGUGUUAAAAGAAUGAGGGACUUGCGGCUGCCUCCAACAGUUCACUGUAGAAAAAAAACAUUUCCUCCAUCCCCCAGUCACUUGUUUCACUAUAACUGUAUCCCUUAAAACUAUUGGGAACACCUGGAUUUCCUUCUUUGUGGAUUGAAGCUUAAGUAUGUCUGUUAGUAGAGAACCCGAGCCUAAACUGCUAAAACUAAUGAGAGACUUUCUAAAGAUUUCAGCAAGUGUUUGACUAGUACUGGCUGGUAUUAAGUGGCUCCACCUAACGCAGGGGGAGAAAAGGUCUUCGCUAAUGUGGCAUUUUUGCUUCAGCUUGACAGAGGAAUAAGGAAAGACAAGUAAUAGUCAACUCAUCUCCCAAGCCGAAUGACAAAUUGACUUGCUGCCUAAAAAAAUGCAUUACGCUGUAAAGAACACACUGCUUAAUGCUUUACACUGUUUAAUGUUUCUAGAUGAUCUGUUUAUGAAAGAUAUUUUGUAUGAAAAAUCCAACUGGUUAUUUCCUUCUCAUGCUCAGUAUUUGUUUUUCUGCUUGCUUGGUAGCCUAUGGAGGUAUUGUAACAAAACUCCCUCGAGACACCUAGUACUGUACUGUACCUAGUUGACGUAGCUGCUAGGGUACUGAAGCCACUUCGUACACUGCAGGAUAAGUGUAAAUGUUGCUGCUUCAUGAUCGUAUAUUUAUUAAUCAUCUUUGCAUCUCAUAAGGAGUUUAGGCUGCAAGUCCCAAACCAUUUCUAUUAGCAUCUGUUGACCUGGGGAAAAUGUUAAUUCAUUAGUUAGGAGUUGUUUUAUGUUAUUUGUAGUAAUCUGAGUGUUUUGUACGGUAAAUAUUUGAAGCUAACCUGUUUACUUUGUGCUGUUAAUAACUGAUAUUUUAAUGUUGAAUUGAAGCCAUCUUUUUUAUUUCAAUAAAUUUUAUAUUUAAACAAAAUGGAA